AUGGCCGGACGCUCCUCCCUGCUCCAGGCGGUCUGCCUGCUGCUGGCGCUCCUCUGCCUGGUGCCCACCCUGGCGGUGGCCCAGAUCAACGACUACACCCAGCUGUAUGGUGCCGAUGACAAGCGCACCUUCCACCUGGCGGCGGACUUCAACUACCGCCGUGCCGGGCUCCCCGCCGACACCACCCUCAAGCCGGACAGCGCUCGUGCGUAUGCCUCCAUGAAUGGCGGCGUCCUGGACCUGAAGAUCUACCAUCCCCCCCCCACCGAGGCCAUCACCUGGUACCUGGCCGGCCCGCGCAUCUGCCAGAGCGACUCCGGCGGGUGGAUUUCCCCGGACGACGUGGCUUGCAGCGGCCGCCGGGCGCCCAUCAUCGCCAAGCUCGGGACCAUCCCCGCGGCCGGGACCGGCAUCGUCCGGGCCUCGAUCAAGCUCAACCCCCAUGUGGCCUCGUAUGUGCUGAAUGAUGCCGUCAUCAUCUACGGCACCACCAAGACCCACCCGAAUGGCCUGCUGCUGGGCACCCUGCAGCCGGUUUCCCGCUGGACCAACGACUCCCAGUCUCCCGUCAUCCAGAUGCUGGACUUUGUCCCCAACCGCGGGGAGUUCUCCAAGCCGGACAACUCCUUCGAGAAGAGCAAGAGCACCAACUCCGGGUCCGGGCUGCUGCUCUUCCGCGGCAUGGAUGUCUUCCCGAAUUUCCAGCUCACCAUCCAGCUGUCGCACAGCAUGUCCAAGCCCACCAAGAUGAUCAUCCACUGCCCGAAGUUCCGGCAAACCUUCAACCUGGACCCCAAGUCGCCCUUCUUCUACCAGGACAUCCGUUACGAUGAUGCGGACUUCUAUCGCGAGCUCCUGACCAAGGAUGCCUGCAUCUUUGCCCUCAUCUCCUCGGACCAGGUGACCGGCGAGCUGUUUGCCUUCCCCCAGAUGACCGCCGAGUACACCUCCCUCAUCACCCAGCCGGAGUCCGACUUCACCUUCUUCACCCUGAUCGAUGUCAACCCGGUGACCGAGCAGAUGCUGGUCGUCCCGCGGACCUCCCUGCUGGCCGAGGACACCUCCUACGUGGCCGUCCAGCUGGUCGACCCGCCGAGCAAGAAGGACGAUGCCAUCGUCUCGCGCGACAUCUGCAUUCUCUUUGACGCCGAAAAUGAGGGGCUCUCCUCCGACGACCACCUUAAGCGGUACCGCCGGUGCCGCCUUGACCCGGCCGAUGCCCAGCUCCUUCGCACUGGCCACCAGCUGGGCAUCUAUGUGGCCCCGAAGGCCGGCCAGGCCGCCAUGCGCCGGCUGACCUCGCCCCAGGUGGCCGAGCUGAGCCCCGGCACCGGCACCUCCUCGGCCACCGGUGCCAUCAUCGGCAUUGCCGUCGGCGCGGUGGUCCUCGUGGCCAUUGUCGCGGUCGGCAUGUUUGUCUUGGCCAAGCAGGGCGUCAUUGGCAAGUGA